GUUAUCUAUCUUGUUGUGAGCAGAGUUUUAUUGAAUCGCCGGUAGGUGGAAAUAUUGCACGAAUAUACACUUAUAAAUCAAAGAAGAGGACAUAGAAAACCAAAAAAAUGCCAAAUAUCAAGCUACAGAGUUCUGAUGGGGAGAUAUUUGAAAUUGAUGUGGAUAUUGCCAGGCAAUCUGUCACAAUCAAGACAAUGCUGGAAGACUUGGGUGUUGAUGAGGAUGAUGAGGAGCCUGUCCCUCUUCCCAAUGUAAAUGCAGCAAUCUUGAAGAAAGUGGUACAGUGGUGUACAUACCACAAGGACGACCCACCACCGCCAGAAGAUGACGAAAACAAAGAAAAGCGCACUGAUGAUAUCUGUUCUUGGGAUGCAGAGUUCCUCAAAGUUGAUCAGGGAACACUGUUUGAAUUAAUUCUGGCAGCCAACUACCUAGAUAUCAAGGGUUUAUUGGAUGUAACAUGCAAGACUGUGGCCAACAUGAUCAAAGGCAAAUCACCUGAGGAAAUCAGAAAAACUUUUAAUAUCAAGAACGAUUUUACACCAGCAGAGGAAGAACAGGUACGAAAGGAAAAUGAAUGGUGCGAGGAAAAAUAAAAGGUGUGGAAAGUGAGAUUCUGUCCCGUCUCCUUGUGUAUUAAAAAAGCGACUAAGAUAUUAUAUAGACUGUAGGCUUUCACCUCUUGAACAUAAAUGAUAUAUCUUAUUCACAGAAUUAUCAUCCAAAGCCUAUCUCAGGUUGCCUUCCCCGGUCCACCUGAGAGGAGGAACAGAAGCUGAAGUUGAGUAGGUGAUAAGAUAUUGUGGUUACCCAAAAUGAUGUUUAUUCCUCGUUUGUGUGGCUACAAUUACCUUAACUAGGAGGACGGUUCCUCAAGAAUGACUACUAAACAUUAAAUGGAAAGCUUAUUACAAAACAGGCCAGAAUCUGUACGUUGCAAUUGUUAAGGCUACACAUGUGUUUCUGAACUCGUCAAAUCCCAUCUUAUUUAAUGUGCAAAAGUGAUGUUAUCCGACUCAAAAAGGCAAAUAUGUGAAGUAAAUUAAAUAUUUGAUGGAAGCUUAUUGCAUUUUGAAACGUUUCGUUAAGCAAACUUUAGGCAGUCAGUGUGGAGUGUGUCUGUUUACAAGGACGCCUAAUUGAAAUGAUUAAAAUUGAGUAUAAAAUCCCUUUCGAUACUGUGAUUCUGUAUAAAGUUUUAAUUUAUUUGAAUUGUAACAUGGGGUUUUUUUUGUACUUGAAAUAUGGUUGUUUGUUUUCUUAUUUUAAUUUUAGCUUGUAGAAAUAAAUAACUAAAGUUUGAAACUUUCAUUAUAUUAGCAGCAGACAUUUAGCAAAAAUAUGUGCAAGUAGAUAGUUUGAAUAAUUAUUUUACUCAAUUCAGACAAUUGUAUUACAUACAGUACUAGAUUUUUUGUGUACUUGGCUUAUUUCUUUUCCAAUCUACUUUACAAGUACACAGGUGUUGAUAAGUCUAUGCCAGAAAAAGAUAUGGACACAGAAGAUUGAUAGUGCUAAAGAUCACGAAAUCACAAUUUGCAAUCUAUACACCUUUCUUCAAGUAGAAAGAACGGUUAAAUUGGCGUUAAAAAUCCAGAUUGAAAACUCUGUGAUCAGUAACAUUCAAAGAAGGAAAUGACGUUUAUACUAGAACUGCUUAUGUUUUUUUGUUUCCCCAUCAUUCUCUCUCCUCCUCUUUUGUUGACGGACACUCUUUGAGACCUAUUUAAGAUAUAAUCUUGGGACAUAUAUUACAGUAAGUACAAUCAAAAAAUUACUUACCAGCAUUUACAAUGUUGUGAUAUUGCACAGAGCUGUUGAUGAAACUGUAAAAAUAAUAUGUAAAGGUGCCAUAUGUAUUCACUAUACACAAAGUAUCUUUUACAGUUUGAUUUUAGAGACAUUUUAAGGUAUGGCAUGUUCACAGCAAAUUAUACUUGUGGAAAAAUAAUUGCUUAUGAGUGACACGGCUUGAUUUGAAACAGUUUACUAAAUAUGAAGUUAACCUAUUCUCCAAUCUUCCUGGUUGAUCGUUGUUGUGCUAGAAAGAUUUUCUCGUUUGAUGUAUAAUGUAUGAAAACAUUCUGCCCAGUUAUUCUCUUAUAAAAUUGUGUUUAGUGUUUGUAUAAAUAUUCAUGCAUCCAUAUUAAAAAUCCAUGUCAACAUUU